GGCGAUUGGAAAGCUCCAAAGAUUUUGUGAGCUGAAGUGUGUGCUUUUGGAUGUAUCUUUCCUAUGCGUCUUUGCACUUGGAACGUAAAUGGUUUAGAAUCCUUAUUUAGAAAAGGCUACUUUGCAGACUUUGUAUAUCGGACGAGUCCAGAUAUCCUUUGUCUUCAAGAAACUAAAAUUUCUAGGAGAAAAUUGGCACAGUGGAGUAUAUCUACUAGAGAUUGGAACUGCUUUCUUUCAAUUUGUAAGACAAACGAAGGUUAUUCUGGUGUUUCUACCUUUUGUCAAUCCCAUUGUCCACUCCUCAAGGCGGAGGAAGGAAUCAGUGGCUUUCUCCCUGCAGAAUGCCUCGCUUGGAAUCCAAGUCGUUCUUGGUUUUGUAAUCAGAGAGAAAUUCCUAUUUGGAGAGAAACCGCAUACUCUGUGGGUUACCAUUUUGAGACCACAGAGAACAGUGAACUGUUAACGAAACUAGACAAGGAAGGCCGCUGUGUAAUAGUCGAAUUUCCAUUCUUUAUUCUCUUUAAUGUUUACGUACCUUUUGAUAGUAGCGAUGAAACCUUUGAAUAUAAGUAUAUUUUUAUUGAAAGGUUAUUGAAAAGAAUCAAAAUGGUGCUUGAAGGUGGAAAGAACGUUGUUGUCUGUGGCGACUUUAACUGUGCACGUGAAAGGAUUGAUCACUGUGAUCCGGAAGGGAUCUUCCAGAAUAAGCCACGAGGCAGUUUAUUUGAAUCGGAUUCUUGUCGACAACUUUUCAAUGUGAUUUGUAGUUCUGAGGGUCCUUUGGUGGAUGUUUUUCGCUACUUCCAUCCAGAAAGGUUGGAUGCAUAUACUUGUUGGAACAAUCAGACGGGUGCAAGAAAGACAAAUUUUGGAACGAGAAUCGACUACAUAUUGGCCAAUAGAGCUUUUGUUGAGAACUUCAUCACCAAUUGUGACAUUUUUAAUGAUAUUUAUGGUAGCGAUCAUUGUCCUGUUUAUAUUGAAUUUCGUAGUAUAGUUUCUUUAUCAGCCGAGUCUUUACAUGUUGAGCGUUUACCACCAUUUUGUUGUCAACACUUUCCUGAUCUACUUGGAUCUCAGCAAAGUUUGAAGGAUAUGAUGAAAAUAUCUAUACAUGAUAAGUCUAACAAAAUAGUGGAGAUGCGACCUCACUUUGUGGAAGCCACAGCUUUCAAUAGAACUUGUAUUACCAUGAAAAGUGACACAUCAACAUCAGAAGAGGGACAUUCCCAAGAGGGCAAGUAUGAUGAUACAAUCCGACUACCAACAAAGAGGAAUUUUGAAAAGUCAACAUCUAUCGAGAUGGAUACGUUUUCAAAUAGAGAGUAUUCUUCCACCGUGAGUGGCUCAGAAAAUUGCUUUCAUGUCACCAAGUAUCAGAAAGCAAAGGAAGAUUGGAGAAAACUUUUUCACAAUCUUCAAAAAGUUCCUCUUUGUUCCGGGCAUAACGAACCAUGUUUACUGAGAACUGUUAAGAAGAAGGGUGCCAAUCUCGGAAGAAAGUUUUAUGUUUGUGGAAGGCCGAUAGGUAAAGGAGUAGAGGGUCGUUGCAACUUUUUUUUGUGGUAUGACAAUCGAGACACUCGUAGUUGACCAUUGAUCGAUGUAAUUUUAUUUCUUAACAAGUCUUUGUUGAGGCAGUUUGUUAAAAUUGUGUGCCUGGUUGAUUUCCAUGUGUUAAUAGAAGGCUAUAGGAAAACUUUGGAACAAAAUGCGGCAUUUCUGAAAAGAGAUGCAAUCACAUGAGAAACUCCGAGUCACAAUUUACAAAAUAAGAUCGCAGAGCAACUUGAUGAUAACCAAAUUUUGUGUUUCAACACUCAUUACGACAGAGAAUGAGAAAAUAGUAAAGUGAAUACAGUUACUUUAAAUAUCUUCAAAAAUCCUUCCCAUUUUUUGUUAGAAUUCGUAGGUAUGUUCCAAAUGUAAGAAACAAUCGACGAGUUUUCUUUUUUAAUAAAACAAAAAAUUCCAAA